CGCCCGGCUCGGCGCGUCGAGGGCGCCGGGAACCACUCUCUGCGGCGCUCCCUGCCCUCCCCGGCCCGGCCGAGGGCGGCGCUGCGGCCCGGGGGCCCGGGUGCGGGUGGACGCGGGUGGGCCCCGCGGUCACGUGAACCAGGCCGGCUGCCGGCGGGGGGCGGGAGUCUGGGCACGCAGGGGAGCGCCCGACGGCCGCCGCCGCCCCGCACUGCGCCCCCGAUGUCUCUGCAGUGAUCGCGCCCGCGCCUUGGUCUGCAGCCGCAGCCCCUGCAGCGCAGGAUGGCUGGAGCUCCGCCCAGUUACUGUUUCGUGGCCUUCCCUCCACGGGCAAAGGAUGGGCUGGUGGUAUUUGGAAAAAACUCAGCUCGGCCCCGGGAUGAAGUGCAGGAGGUUGUAUAUUUCCCAGCUGCUGAUCAUGACUCUGAUAGCAAAGUGGAGUGCACUUACAUUUCAAUUGACCAAGUUCCCAGGACGCAUGCCAUUGUGAUCAGCAGACCUGCCUGGCUUUGGGGAGCAGAAAUGGGCGCCAACGAACACGGAGUGUGCAUCGCCAAUGGGGCUAUCUGCACCAAGGAGCCAGCAGCGGAGACAGAAGCCUUGUUGGGGAUGGAUCUGGUCAGGCUUGGUUUGGAGAGAGGGACGACGGCUAAGGAAGCCUUAGAUGUCAUCGUUGGCCUGUUGGAAGAUCACGGACAAGGUGGGAGUUACUAUGAAGAUGCCAGCGGCGGCUGUGGUUUCCAGAGCUCAUACCUGAUCGUGGAUCGUGAGGAAGCCUGGGUGCUCGAGACCCUGGGGAAGUACUGGGCAGCCGAGAAAAUCACAGAGGGAGUGAGGUGUGUUUGCAAUCAGCUCUCACUCACCACCAAGAUUGAUGCAGAACACCCUGAACUCAGAAAUUACGCUCAGAGUCAAGGCUGGUGGAUGGGCGAAGAUGAGUUCAAUUUUUCUGAAGUUUUUUCUCCAACCAAUGAACAACUAGACUGCUGUGCUGGCAAAGAGAGCUUAGAAAAGCAAGAAGAAAGCAUCACAGUGCAGACUAUGAUUGAUAUCUUACGGGACAAAGCCGGUGGUGUCUGCAUCGACACUGAGACUUUCCUCACCACAGCCAGCGCCGUCUCUGUGCUGCCUCAGAACAGAAGCUCACCGUGCAUUCACUACUUCACUGGGACCCCAGAUCCUGCCAGGUCCAUAUUCAAGCCUUUCAUCUUUGUUGAUGACGUGAAACCCGUCCCCAAAACUCAGUCUCCCUAUCUGGGGGAUGACGACCCUGCCAAAAAGGUGCCUCGGUUCCAGGAGAAGCCGGACCGCCGGCAUGAGCUCUACAAGGCCCAUGAGUGGGCACGCACUCUCAUCGCGAGUGACCAGGAGCAAGGCCACAAGCUGAGGACGACUAUGUUGGAACUAGAGAAGCAAGGCCUGGAGGCCAUGGAGGAAAUCCUGAGCAGCUCCACCCCCCUGGACCCGGCAGAGGUGGGGGAUCUAUUCUAUGACUGCGUUGACACGGAGAUCAAGUUCUUUAAGUGAAAUGUGCAUUACUCCUCCCCUUCUUAUUUAAAUUUUUCCCACCUUACUAAAUUACCAGCGAUACAAACCGCUCUUCUGAAGGACUGAAAUGAGGAAUGUCCUGAUGUGGUCUUUGUGCCCCGAAGCCAGAUGCAACUGUGAACUUGUAUUCUGCCUUGACUCUUGAAACGGCCCCUUUCCCCGACGGCAGGUCCCUUCCUUUGCAGCGUGACAUGUACCCCCCUUUGCCUGUGGCUCAACUGUGUGACUCAUUGUGGAUUUGCAGCUGCUAUUCUUGGGUUUCAGUGACAAUGGACACAUUAGGCUUCUCACGGGAUGACUCGCUUUGAAAGACAGCCUCCGCCGUGCUGAUUGGU